AUGUCUAUUCCUGAACUUCAGUGGGCGCAAGUGGCCGAAAAGAUCGGAGGUCCGCUUGUAUACAAACAAAUCCCCGUUCCCAAGCCGGGCCCCGAUCAGAUAUUAGUAAAGAUCCGCUAUUCUGGGGUUUGUCAUACCGAUCUGCACGCCAUGAUGGGCCACUGGCCCAUUCCCGUCAAGAUGCCUCUGGUCGGCGGACACGAAGGCGCCGGAGUGGUCGUGGCAAAGGGCGCCCUCGUCCACGAAUUCGACAUUGGUGACCACGCCGGUGUCAAGUGGCUCAAUGGGUCGUGCUCGAAUUGCGAAUUCUGCAGACAAGCUGAUGACCCUCUAUGCGCCCAUGCACAGCUUUCAGGGUAUACUGUAGACGGCACUUUCCAACAGUAUACACUUGCCAAGGCUUCUCAUGCGUCGAAAAUUCCAAAAGAUGUUCCUCUAGAUGCCGUGGCGCCAGUGCUUUGCGCUGGUAUCACAGUUUAUAAGGGGUUGAAGGAAUCUGGAGUUCGGCCUGGGCAAACUGUGGCCAUUGUUGGGGCUGGUGGUGGCCUGGGGUCCCUUGCCCAGCAAUAUGCGAAAGCGAUGGGGAUCAGAGUAGUGGCUGUGGAUGGGGGUGAUGAGAAAAGGGUUAUGUGUGAGCAGCUCGGCACUGAGACCUAUGUAGACUUUACCAAGUCCAAAGACUUGGUAGCCGACGUCAAAGCAGCGACCCCUGACGGUCUGGGAGCUCACGCAGUUAUUCUACUAGCAGUCUCAGAAAAGCCUUUCCAACAGGCCACCGAAUAUGUUCGCUCCCGCGGAACAAUCAUUGCCAUUGGAUUGCCCCCCGAUGCAUAUCUCAAAGCUCCUGUUCUGAACACCGUUCUUCGCAUGAUUAGUAUCAAGGGAAGUUACGUUGGGAACCGACAGGAUGGCGUGGAAGCUCUAGACUUUUUUGCUCGAGGCUUGAUCAAAGCCCCGUUCAAGGUGGCUCCCUUGAAGGAUCUCGCGAGUAUUUUUGAACUUAUGGAAAAGGGACAGAUCGCUGGACGCUACGUGCUCGAGAUGCCGGAGUAA